AUGCCUGGACGAUUCGACGGUAAAGUUUGGCAAUCUCGUCCAUACUACUCUCUUGCUAAAGCAGCAGUUGAUCAAUAUACCAGAGCUGCAGCAAUCGAUCUAAUCGAGGAAGGCAUUCGAGUGAAUACAGUGAACCCUGGUUUUGUCAAAACGUUAUUCCACGAGGCUGAAUUAGGAUGGACCGCCGAUCAAGCUCAGGAGUUUUACGAUGAUAUUGGAUCGAACAAGUACGCCAUUCCUGCAGGGUUCAUUGGCCGUCCAGAGCACAUUGCUAAAGCGAUUGCAUUUCUGGCGGAUCGCAAUUCUUCAGAAUUCAUUGUCGGACAGAAUCUCGUGGUCGACGGCGGAACUACUCUGGUCCUCGGCAUUCAUGCGGCUAAAUAA